CCGUCGUCCUUUUGACCUCGUGUUAACAACGAAACACGCCCGGAGCUUGUUUCCCAGAGCCUACGCAAGCCGAUCAUCGCAUGGCUUGCUGUGGUUUCUUCGAUUAAUUCGACCCGCCCAGACGAGUUGUCAACCAUCGAGACAUUGUGCAGCGGUCGCAGCGGGGCCCGAACAGUUGGUGACGAAAAUCAUCUGAUCAGCGAACUUAACUACACAGUAUUCGGUAGCCUCGGGUGUCUCCAGCACACCGCUGAGAUGCCUCCGUCGCUCAACACCCACGCUUCCUUCUCCCGUCCGCGGACUAGCGACCGCGAUGCCCGCCCCGUCACCCGCGACCAGGCCGACAGCAACCUGAUCAUUCCGAGCCGGACCUCGUCUCUUCAUUCUCGAAUUACCCAGCCGAUUCCGUCGACGCUGAACAUGAAGCCGCAGCAGAGGACGCCCAAGACGCUCACUCAUGCCUACAUGGUCUGCGGUGUCGGCCGCGAGCCGUCGCAAUGGGUGAAGGCGCCGCCCCCUCCGCAGGGAAAGAUUGGCCACAUGAAGGGUGCCGUUCCUCAAUUUUGGCUGCCCGAGAUCCUGGGGAGCAGCCCGAGGUUGGAGCAAGACAAUGAGAUCGCCAGGGCUCUGCACGCUGCCAUGAGGGCCUGCUUCCCUCACGACGUCGAGAUUUGCACCGGCCGCACCCAGCCUCACUGUGUCCAUCACGCUUUCGUCCUCCAACAGGACUCGUCCCACACGCUCUACGGUAUCUGCCUGCGCGUCUGGUCGCGCGCCGACGAGAAGCGGGCCGAGACGAUCCGUGAGCUCAGGAGGCGGACAGAGCCCGACUUCUACGACAACCCGGAGGAGCAGUACUGGAUCCCUUACUGCUUAUCGUUCCUCUCGCGCUACCCGCUCUACAACCUGCUCGGCGACUAUCUCCGGGGCAUGUGGAUCCACUGGAACAAGGCGACCAACCUCUUCCACGCCGAGGAGGUCUCGCGGAUUCUGAGCUUCCCUGCUCCUCGCCUGAACGAUCUGGUGCGCAUCGACAUGAAGGACUACGCGCUCUGCUACCAGUUCCCCUCUUCGCCCACCGGCUUCCAGAACUUCGCCAUGUGGCCGUUGUUCUGCUGCCUGUCAAUCCCCAACAUCGUCGGCGUCAUCGAGGCGGCCAUCUCGCCUACCCGCCGCAUCAUCUUCGUCAGCCACUACCCUGCCAUGCUGACAAUGGCUGCCGAAACUGUCCGGUUCUGCGUCCGCGUCUACGAAUGGAGCGGCCUCUACGUCCCCGUCGUGCACGCGCGCCAUGCCAAGGAUCUCGUCGAGGAGCCCGGCCCGUACAUCCUCGGUAUCACGGCCGAGUGCAGGUCGCUCUUCACGGCGCCCAGCGACGCCCUGGUCGUCGAUCUCGACCGCAACUUUGUCCUCACUUCCAACCCGCCCACCGCCCUCACGCCCAGCCAGCGCAACAAGUUUGUGACGAGGCUGACCCAGGCGCUGAAUGGCGACGUCACGCCCUCGGGCGUGCCCCAGCACCUUCGCUCGGCCUACGGCGGCGGAAAGCUGGUUCCGGCCGGUCAGAUUAUCGUUAUGCGCGGUGAGGUCGAGUCCAUCCAGGACCCUGAGUGGUGGAACCAGGAUGCUGUCAUGGCUGUCAUGGACCACGUCUGCGAGAAGAUUAGCCGUAACACGGGUCUAAAAGCCGUCUUCGGCGGGUCUGUGAAGAAGCCGCUGAUGACAAAGGUCUCGAUGAGACACCUCAACGAGAUUGUCCGUGAGCGGAACCAGUACUCGAGAGACGCGCUCGAGGCUUGGCAGGACUUCAUCAACCUCAAGGGCCGGCUGGAUACGGAGCUCAGCAAGGUUACCAAGAGGAAUAACUACCUCAACGAGGAGUUGGAGAACUGGAAGCAGCAGUUCCUUAAAUUCCAAGCUUUUGCCGACACUCUCACGAAGGAGACCCAGGAGCUCAAGGUCAAGAUCGAGGGGCACAAGCGCGAGAACCGCCGCCUUGCCGCGCUAAUCGACCAGCAGAAGGACGAUGCAAGCAGGCUCUCGGCCCGUCUCGCCGGCACCGAGAAGCAGCGCGACGAUGCCCUCGAGGCGCUUGUUCUGCAGCAGGAGAUCGCCGAGGAGCUCGAGAGGGAGCGCAAGAGGAACAGGAAGGAGCUCAGCGCUCUGCAGCACACCAACAUGACGAUUGCCCGGCAGCGCGACGAAGCGCGCCGCGUCGUGCUGCACCUCCGCAGCUUGAUUUCGGGACAGCACCACCACAUGGAGCACCUCGUCAAGACACUGACGUCCCCAGAGGAGCUUGCCGCCGAGAUCGAGGCCGGCUUUGCCGCCCAGGAGGAGGCGGAAGCUGCCGCUAUCGCCGAGCGCGAAGGUAUGGAAGAGAGCGAUGCCCGGUUCAUCAAGAACCUCACGCUCGCCCGCAGGCGGAUUUCGACGCAGACGUUCAUCGACGUGGCGGAUCGCCACCUCAAAGACAAGACGGAUGCCAUCGCGCACAUCAUCCGCAACAUUGCGGAGCAAUGCCAGGCCGCAGUCGAGGGCCUGCAACUCGCCCAGGACGCCGAGCUCGGGAGGCCUCAAUCGUCGGCUUCCAGGGCUCGGGACUUGUCAAAAAGUAGGAGAGGGAGUUCUCUCUCAGUCGCGCCCAGCGAUGACGGUAACGCCUCGUCCACCUCGACGGCCACGUCCGAUGUCGGUGACGAUAGCAGCAGCGUCACGCUCCUCCGGCCCCACAGCGGGCGGACCUCUAGCAUCCCACCCACACCGGAUCUCAUUCCCAACCGCAGCAGCACUAGCAUGUCUUUCGCGAGCACGACGGCCACGACCCCUGAGCGAACCUCCCAGCAGUACCUCCUCCAACUUCACGGCGGGGGAGGAAACGGACACGGGCAACAGCAGCACGACAUCCCCACGAAGAUUGUCGAGGACGACGAGGACGUCGAUGACCUCACCCCCGACGAGCGCGUCGCCCGUGACGCCGACGAGGGCAACCCCAUCCCCGCUCCCCACCCGACGGAGUCGGGCGUCGUGGGUAAGCAGCCAGAGAGUCUGAUCCACCGGCUUUCGGGCGCGCGCAUCUCGGCGCUGGGCAGCUCCCGCUGAGAUGCUCCCCCCCCCCCCAAACAGAGCUCGCGACCGAGUUCGGAAUGGAAGAUGAGAUGGGGAGGGAGAGAGGGAGAGAGUUGGAGAUAUGAAACCUGAUUGGGUGGGGUAAUAGUAGUGCAAAGGCAAGUCGGCAAGGCAAGCUGGAAUUGUUUCCCUUACAUCUUUUUUUUAUAUCUUUUUUUUAAAACCUUAGG